GCGCCGCCCUCACGGCUCGGCCCGGGGAUGCCGGUGGGAACGGUGUGGGGGGCUCGGGAUGAGCUCAGCUCCUUACAGGGAGCCGGGACCCCCGGCACAGGGGUCAUUGCACCGGGGCCCCAGAGGCCUGGUUACUCCCCCUGAACAAACCCCAGCGUUAACCCGACGGGAGCAGGCAGCGGUGGGAGGGGGGUGGUUUCGAAUUUAUUUUCUCCUUCCCAAAUAAACUCUUUUGUCGCGCUGCUCUCUGGAGUUGCCCAGCUGUCUGGAAGGCGAAACCGACCGCAAGCGCAGCGUGUGAGGGAGGCUCCACUAAGGGGGACAGAGCGAAUGGAGACGCCUUUGGAAGCGCCGCAUCUCGGGUUUGAGUCACAAGGGCACCGCUCCCUGCCCUGGGGCCCCGGCGACUGCUGCUCCCUGGAGACUACAACUCCCGGGAGCCAUUGCGCACGAUGCCCCGCCUCUAUGUAAAUGAGUGGGCGUCUCCACCAAAUCGCCUGGCGGGUUGGCGCCGUCACGUGGCGCGGCGCUUCCUUUCUCUGUGCGCCUCUCUUUCCUUCCUCGGCCGCCAUCUUGUUCUCGCCGCGUGUUGGCAGCGGGUGCUCCGCCGCGCUCAGACGUAGCACUAUGAACCAAGAAAAACUGGCCAAGCUUCAAGCGCAGGUCCGAAUAGGAGGAAAGGGAACAGCUCGCAGAAAGAAGAAGGUGGUGCACAGAACAGCUACAGCAGAUGACAAAAAACUUCAGAGUUCCCUCAAAAAACUGGCAGUAAAUAACAUUGCUGGCAUUGAAGAGGUGAACAUGAUAAAAGACGAUGGAACAGUUAUUCACUUCAACAACCCCAAGGUUCAAGCUUCCCUCUCUGCCAACACUUUUGCAAUUACUGGUCAUGCAGAGGCUAAACCGAUCACAGAAAUGCUUCCAGGCAUCUUAAGCCAGCUUGGUGCUGACAGCUUAACAAGUCUCAGGAAGUUAGCUGAACAAUUCCCAAGACAAGUGUUGGACAGUAAAGCACCAAAAUCUGAAGAUAUUGAUGAAGAAGAUGAUGAUGUCCCAGAUCUCGUAGAAAAUUUUGAUGAAGCAUCAAAGAAUGAAGCUAACUAAAACAUUAAUAGUUCUGGAAGCUGGCAUGGACUAGAUUUAAGAAAUCAGCUAUGUGGUUCCAAAGUUUUAAAGAAACAGAGAACAUCAUCUGUUAAUAGUUCAGUAAUAUAAAUAUUUUGUAUUUUUAUGAUGCUGUUUGUUCAGCAUUUUCUGUCAGUUGAUUUUGCAUUUUGCACUUACUCCCAGGAUCUACUCUUUUGGUCAAAAAGAAAUGUCAGUGCAGUUUGAGGGGUGUGUGUAUGUGUGUGGGUGUACGUCUAGUGGAGAACAAAUUGGAGAACACGUAUUUAACCAUUUACCCUUUUCCUUUGGAAGUAGAAAUAAAAUGAAUCUUCAGCAUUGUUACUUUGAUUAUCACCAAAUAAUGCACAGAGGGAGUUAAGAUUAAUGUUUUGUCCACAUUUUGUGACCUGAAGGCAUUACACCAUUUAAACUUGGGGUUAAUUUGCUCUAACUAUUGUACUUGCAGGUGUUUCUCAGUGUAUGCAUAUUUGUUACCAACCUUGUGUCGAUCCCAGGUUUUAGGGGAGAUGAGCUGUUUCAGCAGCUUGUUUGGUAUAGUAAUUUUUUUAAAACUUGGGUUUCAUCAAAGUGUGCUUUCUUUAACCUUUUUCAAAAUUUAUUUUUCAAUUUGGUGGUGAUGGUUUUGGGGAUUUUUUGUGGGUUUUUUUUUUGGUUGGUUCUUUUUUUGGUCUCUAAAGUUUUGAUACAAGCUGAUAUUUGACUCCUUUCAUGUAGGCUUAGCAGUAUGUUCUCCUUUUGGUUACUAAAGUAUUUCCCAGUCAAAAGAAAAACACCUUGGUUCUCUACUGUCGGGUCACUUCCUAAGCUUGGAGUCUGGUUGGUAACAGUCCAGUGCACCGGUUUUGCACAGUAACAGGUUUUUGCUUGAAUAACUUCAAGCUGUUCUCUUGGCAUGACUGCAUUUACUAGCAGCUGAUGGUCCACUCUCAUUCCUAGGGCGCUAGGAACUAAAUGCACUGUGUGAGCAAUGUUUAGGGUGGGAGGAAAGAGUUGUUGACACUUUGCCUUGCUUCCUGCUGGGCAGUCUGUGCAGUGACUAGCUCUAAAGGGAUUUUUUUUAUCAUUAUUUUUUUUUUGCCUGUAACUUACCUUGGCCUAUAACCUACCUCUAGGUUUGGUGUCAUCUAUAUAGUAGCUUCUUACAAAACACAAAUGCUCCUCAGGCAUAAGGAGGACAUUGGGAGGUACUGUUGGUACAGUGCAGUAUUUAUGACCUUUCUUUAAAAUGCUUAAUGUGAAGCCGUUUUCUCAGAGGCUCUUUCAAGGUUCUUGAUGUAAUGUGCAUUACAGUUUAGUUAGACAUCAUUGUAACCUCUGUCAGGGGCAGCUGUGGCUUACAAAAGCCACUUUUUUUUUUUUUUCUCUACAUCUGUCACUUAACUAUGGCUUAAUUGGAACAUAUCAGCUUUUGGUGUAGGCUCAUAUGCUAGAGAACUGUAAUAGUACAAGCAAGCAGUCCAUGAGUUCUGGAGACUUCAUGAACCCACAGAAGUAGAGCUGUAGUGGUUCGUCAGCUGAACUCCUCGGUUAAUUUUCUAGGCUUCGUUCAGUUUUUCCUGUUAUAUUUUAUAUACUACGUGGAUCUUACUACAAAAUAAAAUAACAGUGCAAAAGAGGAAA